CCAACAACGCCUUACAUUAUAUAUCCUAGGAGGCUUUUACCCUUUCUGACCAGCGUUUCAUUCGGCUCUUAUGGAAAAACCUCUUCACUGCCCAUAUGUCGACCUCUACUCUGCGUGCCGGCCUAAAGAUUACUCGAGUAAAAAACCUGAUCAUUCGUGCUCUUCCAAAUCAAAGAAAAGAAAACUCAACGAUCAGGUGAUAGAUGGAAUUAACCAAAGUUCGGCAUGUGAUAGAACUCCAAGCACUAGAGUAGCAGCGAGAAAUUCGGAUUUGAUUCUGACUAGCGACAAUUUGAAAACUGCUUCUGUUCGACCACAGCUGCUAUAUUCUCAGCUGACGAAUUUGGUUUUGGGAUUACCUAAAAUUAUUUCCAAAUCUGACAAGGCGAGUGAUUCCUCUCUAAAACUCUCUGAUAUUCGAAAGGAUGAUGUAGAUAAAAGCGAGCUAAAUUCACCGCAACAAAGUGAAAUCAAUAUUUGUUUCAAUGACCUGCUUCAUCUCGACCGAGAACUUGAAAUAUCAGACAAGGUUGCUGACACGUCUAUACCUCCGUGGAAAAAGAUCACCUAUUCUCAAAACAACCUCACAGCCCUACAUGAAGAAAUUCUAGAAUUUUACCAAUACAUACGUCCAUCUUGGGAAGAGUCCAUGUUGAGGCUAGACCUCUUCGAACGUAUCAAGAACCUGAUCAUAUCCACAUAUCCGGAUGCAUGUGUACAAAUUUUCGGCUCUAUUGCAACAGACAUGCUAUUACCUUCUAGUGAUAUUGAUAUGGUAGUUAUCCUAAAUACUGACAACAACCUCAAAGUCUUGUAUACGGUCGCUCAACUCCUGGUAGACGCCUCAAUAUGUGACAAAAUUCAGGUAAUUGGCACUGCCAGGGUGCCGAUCGUCAAAAUUGUGGACUCACUUACCAAAUAUCAAGUUGACAUAUCGGUCAAUCAAUCUAACGGGAUAUCAAAUACACUCCUUAUCAACAAAUAUACCUCAAUUUAUAAAGAAUUCAUACCUCUGACAGUGCUACUCAAAUACUACCUACACAUACGCGGGCUCAAUGAGCCGUUCACUGGCGGGAUUGGUGGCUAUGCUCUCAACAUAAUGGUGAUUUCAUUCCUGCAGAUGUAUAGCCAUACUUCAGCUGACGGAAAAUUAGGUGCUUUACUGAUUCAUUUUCUAGAGCUCUAUGGCCGAUACUUUAAUUACUACACUACCGGAAUAAGCAUUUUGAAUAAUGGGUGUUAUUUCAAUAAGAUAAACAAAAACUGGAUAGACCCUUACCGACCAUUUUUGCCGGCAAUUGAAGAUCCCAAUGAUCCGAACAAUGACGUUGGCCGAUCCUCUUUUAAAAUUUGUGUUAUCAGAAAGGCAUUCAGAGAUGCCUAUCACCAGUUGACAGUCUCCACUCAUCAAGAAUAUGCGCCCACCGCCUUGUCGAGAAUCAUCAAAAUAAGCCCAUCUACUAUUCGAGCACGUCAAAUCCUAAAGAAAAAAUGCCAUCACAUGCUACAGUCAUCUGUCUCUUUUCGAAAAAACGUCUCCUCUUUACUUGAUUUGUGCAAGGAUGAGCCAUACGCAUCAAAAAGCACGUUUGCCGAGUCCUAAAAGUAAGAUUGAUUUAGCCUUGUUCUCUUAAAGGGGGUAUCCCUACUUAAAUAUCUGAAAAACAGACCUGUUCUCCGAGAUAAACAAACAACUCAUUUGACAUCAUAACGGCUCGUGUUCGACAAUAAAGCACUAUUUAUCGCGAAGGCCCUGCUUCUAUGGCUAUAACAACAUUAUUAACAUCUUUCGUCGACAGAUAGGCGCGUUAUGCACAUUACCAACCCUAGUUCUUCGAAUCGCCUUAAUAGCUCAUCUAUACUGAGAAAGGAAUUCGCGCUUUAAAAAAAUAUUAGACAAAUAUGCAUGCAUGAGUGGCGAAUUAAAUUCUACAAUCGGCUCAGAAACAAGCACAACAAGUCUUGUGCGAGAAGUUCUUCUGCGACUCCCCAAGAGGGCAAUUUGAACCGCUGUAAAAUGUUCAGUCUUAGAUUGAUAUGGAUCCGUAAUGCGAUCUUAGCUCUGCACGCUUUGCGUACAAGCGCACACUCUUGUGCUUGGGCUUUCCAGGUGAUUAAAUUGUAUUGAAUCCGAUGGCGAGGGUAAAAAAACAGUUUUCGAAUGCCGAGAUAAACGCAGACUUGACACCUCGAUGUCUAUCUUCGAAAACAAUCGUUUGUUUGUGUAUCUUCAUUUUACUGGCGCUGAAAUUAUCAGGUACUGCCUGUCUAGAGAGAAUUUAGUAAAGAGGUUCUUGAGAGGGAGCCUAAGCCACAAAUGCAAACUUUGACGUUUCAAUCCACGGUAUGGAAUUGGAAUUUGGAGGACGAGAAGAGCUUCCCUAUCAGGUUUUCGACGAAUUGAAAAAUACGAUGGGCAUCGAGACCGCGCGUAUAUCAGGCAUUUUUUAUAAUUUCGAUUUAGAAGAUGGGAGGGUCCAAAAAAAAUUGACUCUAUUGAACAAUGAGGUGCUACAACUCAAGGACGCGAGCCGAAGCCGAGAAGCUGAUUUUAGAGAUUUUAAAUCAGCUUCAAGUAGAAUCAACUCAACUGAAAAAUGCAAGCAAGAAUGCCAUGAUUAAAAUUUUAGAAACCUUUCUUGCCCGCA